AGUCACCAUAUCUUACUAAUAGGUCACUUUCACUUUCUUUCUUUCACUUUCAGAUGCAACUGAAAAGGUGAAAGCAUACACGUUUCUGAACCUGGCUGGUCCCGAUGCCCAAGAUAAAUAUGACAAGUUCACUUCCGAGGACGAAGAAGAUGCGUUAGAUUCAGAGACACCUCAGACAUCAGAAGUCAGACAUCAGAAGACUACAGAGGACGGUUCGGAUUGCUGAGAAGAUCUUUGGUGCUCCCCUGCCCACCCUCCAAGAUCUGUAUACAUCCAGAGUGGUGAGAGGGAAAUGACCAAGGAGGAUGUGCUGAGAGAGUCCUCAGAAGGAGACUUGGUCCCAGGGCGGUACAGCAUUUUUUCCCGUUCUUCAGACCGAUCGGUAAUUCAUCUGGUGGCAUCAGCGCCCAUGCCUUCAGACUAUGAGUUCUCCUUCUUUGACCCGGGUGAUCCACAAUGUCGAGAGGUUCUGUUGGACCCUCGGACUACGGUGUCCGAGCUCUUCGCUAUUUUCAGGCAGUGGGUUCCCCAAGUCCAGCGGAAUAUUAGUUUGAUAGGCAACGAGAUUCUGAAGAGAGGAUGUGGCGUCAAUGACAGAGAUGGUCUCACUGACAUGACUUUACUUCACUACUGCUGCAAAGCAGGAGCCCCCGGAAUAGGUGAUGCUGAGUGUGCAGCCAGUUUCGCCCGUCAGCUGCUGUCUCUGGGAGCCGAACCGUCCUUACGCAGUCGCUGGACGAACAUGAAUGCCCUCCACUACGCUGCAUAUUUUGAUGUUCCUCCUCUCAUCCGGGUGGUUCUGCAGGCUUCACAGCCGGGAGAGGUGGACUCAACCUGCAGUGAUUUUGACUUUGGCACUGCCUUGCACAUUGCUGCAUCGAACCUGUGCAUUUCUGCAGUGAAGUGUUUGCUGGAACUAGGAGCCAAUCCCGCUUUUAGGAAUGAAAAGAGUCAGUGUCCAGCUGAUGUUGUUCCAGACACUCUAGACAUGCCCCUGGAAAUAGCUGACGCUGCAGGCCAAGCCAAAGAGUUGCGUGCAUUGCUGCAGGAAGUGCUCCCCUGGCCAGAAGCUCAUCUUCUACAUGUCCGACCUCCCAGCCUCCUUUCAGACAAGGCCUGUUCCCAGCUUUCAAGUAUGGGCCUUCACCUUGGAGACAAAGUAGUCAUCGCCGGUCAAAAGGUUGGCACUCUACGGUUCUGUGGCAGUACUGAAUUUGCUGGUGGUCUUUGGGCUGGAGUGGAGCUUCACCAACCAGUGGGCAAAAAUGAUGGAUCAGUGGCUGGUGUCCAGUACUUCAGUUGCCCUAAUAAGCAUGGAAUCUUCGCCCCCCUUUCUAAAAUCAGCAAGAUCUCUGAGCGCAGCAAAGAGAGUUCCCGCCAGCCUUACGCUCCUGUUCCCCGUCCAAGACGCAUUGACUUGGCACGGGUCAUGUCAAAGGUCAACACAGGUCUUUCACACAGUUGCUCCACCUCCUCAUCGUCUCUGGACUCCAGACAAACUUCAUCCAGGCGAACACAACGGCCACAUACACGGCAAAGAACACCACUGCGUCCAUUGCAAGAACGGACCCCUCCGAGUACCAGAUUUACCCCACCACCUCUAACCACCACCCAACACUCUGUUAUCGCUCGCAGCAGGACCCCCUCAGCGAACAGCAUGGCACAUGAGAACACAGAUGUGCAUUUGGGGGAGCGUGUAUUAGUGGUUGGGCAGAGGACGGGAAACAUCCGUUUUUACGGCAAGACUAGUUUUGCUCCAGGAUUUUGGUUGGGGAUUGAGUUGGACAAGCCGAGUGGAAAGAAUGACGGCUCAGUCGGAGGAGUGCGAUACUUUAGCUGUCCCCCCAAACACGGAGUCUUUGCCCCACCCUCACGAGUUCAGAGCAGGAUUCAUGGCUCAGUGGAUUGUCUGUCAGAGCUGUCCUCGUCUCGGAUGACCUAUUCUUUCACAGGAAUCCGUCGCACUCUUAGCACUUCCUCGGCCAUUGCCACACAGAGAGAACCAAAUCGAAAAGGUACCAGGAACCGUUCCUCUAACCUGCGACGACGUUGGACCGUGGUAAGUGCAGGAUGGGGGAAAUCAAACAGUAGCAUUGGGCCAGUGCCCAACAGUGUGGGUGGCACAACUAGUUCCUCUGGCUCAGAUGGCGCUGUGAAACUCCACCUGGGUAUGCAUGUCUUGCUACUUAGUGCCAAUGAGAUGGGCAUCAUCCGCUACAUUGGCACAGCAGACUUUGCCCCUGGCCUCUGGCUGGGUCUUGAGCUGCGGAGUCCGAAGGGAAGAAAUGAUGGUUGUGUGGGCAGCCGACGCUACUUCAGUUGCCGGCCUGGCCAUGGGGUUCUGGUCCGGCCCAGUAGGGUCACGUACCGCGGUAUCAGUGGAGCCAAGCUGGUGGAUGAAUGCAGCUGAGACCGUCACACACACCAGAAUCCUCACCACCCAUCUGUUUUAGGCUUAAUUUUGUUUUUAUGAACUUCUUUGAACUUUUCAGCCAAUCUAAAGACAUGAUUUAUCUUGAACUCACUUAUGAAAACUUCUUAGACAUUCACAGCUGAAAUUUCCUCAAAUGUUCAUAUCAGAUCUUUUCAGGUUUUAUUUUAGCUAGACAUGAAAAUUCAAAGAGGGUGUAAAGUAAACAGUAGCAAUCUCUGAGCACGUUAAUAAAAAAAUGAGAAGAGAAUGGCUUACAUAGCAGCAGUCUUGAAGCCGAUUUAAUAACUGAAAAUGUGAAGAAAUCAUCGCCUCAAAACCUGAAGUCCUUGAGAAGUUCUCACAAUAGACAAGAGCAUAACAGUUUCAACUCUUAUCAAUAGAACCAACUUUAUAACAUGGCAUUGCAAUCAUUCGUUCCUGUUCAAGAGCAGAUAUGAUUAAAAAAAAUAAGCACUUUAAUACUAUCAUAAUCUAUGAUCUAAUCAGUUAUUAUAGUUGGAGAAUCUAAACUGUUGAUUGUACUUGUUUGUUCCACAGAUGAUGCAGCGUUUUUACUGAUAGGGUUAAUUACAGUAGGUUUUCAUUUUGCCUAAAAUUUGCCUAAAAACAUUGCCCAGAAGAUCUAGACUAAAUCAAGACUUGAAGAUUUGCCAUCAAUUGUUGGAUUAAACCAAUAUCAGAGGCAUGGAUGUGUUGGAUAAUUUGGUUCUGUUCAUCGAGGAUUAUAAUUUCAGAAGCAAACAUUUGUUAAGAUGAUUCAUUAUAAUAAACCGAUUAGUAUUAUUCAAUUUGUAAUUCCCAAAAUCAAUUUAGAAACAUAAGGGAGAAGUUUGCACUCUCCGUAUCUGUUUACAUUGAUUUUAAGUAUGUAAUCAGAAAAGUCUCCUAUAAUGAUUUUCCUAAUAAUUGCUUUUCUGAAAAGGAAACUGUUACUCAUCAUAAAACUUAGUUAUAAAAGGGAGCUUUACCAUUAUAUUUUUUACAUUUAAGUUUAUUUAAUUUAUUAAUUUAUUCUUAUUUUUUCCCCACAUCAUUAAAGCCGUCUUCUAAAAGACUUAAUUUUGUCAACAAUCUCUAGUCCAGGUUUCAUUUUUUUAUAUAAAAAUAGGAAUAUGUUUGUGUGUUUUCUUAGACUCAAAGUGGCUUUUGACUUGUCUGAACAACCCCCCAAACUUAAAAUCUCUACUCUUAAAGAUUUAUCCACACUUUACCAAUGUCUGACUCCUCAGUCAUAUCCAGUCAUAUCACUUUGCACUAAUGAGAGAAUAAAUAGAAAGACAUCAUUACAUUUUGGUACAGUAGAAUGAAAAACUGAUGAGGAAUACAGAUGGGUAAAUAAAUGUAUAAAUUAGUAAGUGAAUAAAACAAGUUUUUAAACAAGACAAAUUCCUAUGGAAACUGAUGUCUUAUUGCCCCUUUUAGCCUGUUUUCACAGGUUUCUUCUGUACUGUGCGUUCAUUCUCUGCACAGCAGUGUGUUUGGUGUAUAUUUUCUCUUAAUUUAAUUGUAAUAUUUUAGCAGCAAUUAAAUGCUAUGCACAUAUGUCAUUUGUCAGAAUUUUCAAAUAAAAUUACAAUUAUAAUAUGUUAGAUUCUGAAAUUUUUCUUUUAUAUUUAAUAUAAUCAUUGAAAUGUAUCUGUAUAGUUCCAUUUGUUUUAUUUUGAAUGUUUUUGUUUGAAAAGUGCGUCUGUAUUUUGAAUGUUUUUGUUUGAAAAGUGUGUCUGUAUUUUCUUUAAAUUAAUGUCACUUUUUUGUUUUAAAUUUCAUUUAAUGCUAUUAAAGAGAUGUGUACAAGCAGUGUUUGCUGGGUAUGUUGUAAACGCCAUGUUUUAUAGUUAAGCAAUAGAUUUACAUAAACAGACUAUGAGGUUGCUUUCACUUAUUACCUUAAUUGUACAGCAACUGAAGUAACUACAGCCAGACUUAUAGCCAUCCCAUAACUAAACAAAGGGUUUGGGCUUUCGUUAUUUUUUGCAAUAUGAACGUUAGUUCAUGGAUUAACAUGCUGUGGAAUUGCUUUAUGAGACUGAGAUUAGCACACCAUGUCUUUCUAAUCUCUUGAUAUCUGAAGAAUGUGCAGUCUAUAAACUAGUUGCUUACUUAUUCAUGCUUUGUGACAUGCUGUAUUAAUGUCCAUUUGAAAAUGGACUGACGUGGACAGCAGGAAAGCUUUGCUGGGACAUUCAGAACAUGCUCAAGGAGUUUUUCAAUGGCAUAAUUUAUGAGGAGCAUAUUCCAGAGACAUUAGGCAGGCUGGAUCAAUAGAUUUCUGCUAUUCAGAUCCUUCCAUCUGCAUGUCAAAGCAAAAGUUAGGAUUCAUCAGAGUAUUUGACAGUGUUCAUUUAUUCAGUGUUGGUUCUGCUUCCGCUCUGGCCCUAAUAGGAGAGGAUGUUAUGCUGCUGCAGUCCAUCAGAUUUUAAGGUUUAAAAUUAAAGAGUAAGUAGCAUAUGAUUUUUAAGGUCCUACUUUGGUUUAUGGAGUGUCCAACAACAAGUUUAUGUACAUACAAGGUGUAAAAACACUAUUAUGUCGUAAUAAUAGGCAGUUAUUCUUACCAUACUUCUUGUCUGACUCUCAAAUGAUUCGUUCCGUGAUUCAUCCGUCUAGUCCCCUC